GCUUGCCUCCACCGCGAACGCAAUGCAAUCGUCGGAAAGAGAAGAUAUUCGUCGUAAACUGUGAAAGCAACAUGUCGACUGAGACGACGCCAUUGACCAAGUCACCCGGUGGUAUCUCUUCGCCUCCUUAUUACAUCGGGCACAUUAACCAUUUCCACACAAGGCGCAAAAGGGAGCAUCGCCAAAUAUGUGUGACCUUUGUUAUCGUACUAUCGAUUUUCGUGAUGACUCUCGUGGCAACCAUCAGCUUCUCGAUGAAGGGUGCCAACGAGCAGAACAACCUAACGACCCAAGAAAACUCAACAGUAACUACCUUGAAGUCAACCUGGUCCACCCCAUCCUCAAAAACGGAUGAAAUACAACCCCUCUCCCAGGCUCUGUCCUUUGAAGAACAAACUGAGGCCAUUACAGCAGGCGUAGAGGCAAUGGAAGCCAGACGCCUAGCAGAUACUUCUACGAGACAUCUACCGUCUCCAUCGGCCAAUUCCAGGCACCAGUAUGCCGUCAGAACGAGCGUUUAUGCAGGCAAAUUAGCAAUGGCAGGAGUCGGGGAAAUAGCAGCUACAAAGAGAAUAGAAAGCGUCCGCACCACCCAAGGGAAACCCACUUCUGUUGGUAGCUAUUUCGACGCUGGUUGGGCACCAGCCGGGGCCUGCAAAGAGUUCGCCAAUCUGGACUGCAGUCUAAACAAGUACCGAACUUAUGACGGAACCUGUAAUCAUCCUAAGCAGUUUGGAUCGUCAUUGAGUGCCUUCCUAAGAGUAGUUCCUCCAGAUUACGCCGAUGGUGUCGAUGCUCCCAGGAAGGGGAUGUUUGGGGCCCCUUUGCCGUCAGCUCGCCAGGUGAGCUUGCAGGUGCAUCCACCAUCUCCUAGCAGUAAUCCAGGAUUCACCGUGAUGCUGGCGGUUUUCGGCCAAUUCCUGGACCACGACAUCACCAGCACAGCUGUCAGCCAGGGGAUAAACGGCAGUUCUUUGGCCUGCUGUCCACCCUAUACUAGUCAUCCGGAAUGCUUCCCGGUGUAUGUUGGACCUGGUGAUCCCGUUUACGAUGUUUCUGGGAGCUCGUGCAUGGAGUUUGUUCGUUCUGCACCGGCUCCUCAGUGCAAAAUCGGCCCUCGACAGCAGUUUAAUCAGGUGAGCGCAUUCAUCGAUGGAUCGACGAUCUAUGGAUCGGACUUUUAUUCAGCGAACAACAUACGAGAGGGAAUCGGCGGAUUGCUAAAGAUGCAAUUGACGCCGGACAACAGGACUCUUCUUCCACCUAGCACCGAUCCAAACGACGGAUGCAACAGAGAUUUGGAACGUUGGCGUGGUCGCUACUGUUUCGCAGCUGGUGAUGGCAGAGCCAACGAGAAUCUUCACCUGACGACCAUGCAUCUGCUUUGGGCUCGCCAACACAACAGAGUAGCUUCGAAUUUGGAGAAACUAAAUCCCCAUUGGGACGAUGAAAAGUUGUACCAAGAAUCUAGGCGGAUAAUUGGUGCCCAGAUGCAGCACAUCGCUUACAAUGAGUUCGUGCCUAUAGUCCUAGGGGAGAAGGAAAUAACCCAAAGGAACUUGAAACCACUAAGUUCGGGCUACAGGACACCAGACACUUCCGACGUCAACCCAGCAAUCGCCAACAAUUUCGCGACUGCAGCUUUCAGAUUUGCCCAUACGCUUCUUCCAGGAUUAAUGAGAGUAACCGAUGUACAGAAGGGGACCGCGGAAUAUGUGGAACUCCACAAGAUGUUGUUCAAUCCCUACAGUCUGUACACACAGGGCGGGAUGGAGAGUUCCUUGAUGACUGCUAUGUACAACACCGUGCAGAAGACUUCAACGCACGUGACUUCUCAGCUGACGAAUCACCUGUUUGAGGAUCCACUGGCUAAUUCUACGGUGCCUUGUGGAUUGGAUUUGGUUUCACUGAACAUACAGCGAGGAAGGGACCAUGGACUUCCAGGAUAUCCAAUAUGGAGAGAGCAUUGUGGCUUGGGCAGACCCACGUCUUUUAGUGAUCUCAAUGGAGAAUUGGAUCCAGACGCGUUGGAAGCGAUUUCGAAGAUCUAUAACAAUGUUGACGACGUGGACUUGUACACUGGUGCAUUGGCUGAGAUUGUCAAGUCGGAUGGCAUUAUUGGACCCACUUUUACGUGUCUUAUUGCUGAUCAAUUUAGGAGGCUCCAGAGUGGUGAUCGUUACUGGUAUGAGACAUCUGAAACACCUCAGGCAUUUACUGAAGGACAAUUGACGGAAAUACGCAGAUCUUCCUUGGCGAAGUUCAUCUGUGAUUGUUCCGACAACAUAACGCAUGUUCAAGCUGAAGUGAUGCGCUCGGUUAGUGAUGAUAAUCCUAUCGUUUCGUGCGAAGACAUACCAGGACUUUCUUUAGCUACGUGGAAAGAAGAUCCUCCGAUAACUUUAAAGGAAUCCACAGGACCAUUGUCUCUGACACGACUGAAAGAAGAGAUCAACGAAACUAUUCAAGAUGCGAUUUCGUAUUUAAAUUCAAAGAAGCCACCUGUUGAAAGUGAGGGGUUAAACGGCAUUAGAAAUUACGUAAACGACUCGUUUGCAGACUUUAGAAGCGAACUUUCCACGGCAGUACAUCCGGUUUUACCAGGGACUUCUAAAUACAACGAGCUGACGUGUUACGUGGACAAUUCACUAAAGAAAUUGAAUAGCUACGUUUUGAAGCGAUCUACAGAAUUCGCAGCACCAGAUGAUUGCAUCGUAUUUAGGAACAAAAUUAAAGAGGAAUUGAUCGACACUGUAGAAGCUGCGAAAGUCGGGGCACCUAGUGUAGCUGAUUGGAUUGCUUUCAAAGAGAGAAUUAAGUCUGAAUUUGCGGACAUGAAGAGUCAGAUAAUAGCGAUGAACAAAGAGGCAUCUGGAUCAAAAAUAAGUAACACGUCUGUUCUAGAAUUCUCAGUGCUUAAGGACGACAUUAUUACGUUAAUGAAUGGAGCUAUUGAAAGAGUUAAAGAUAACGUGCCGCCUCCCGGCAGUCCAAAUCGAGGUGCGUAUUUAAACAACGUUAAAAUGCAAUUUUCAUCCAUUAAAGACUAUAUCCCACUUUCGAAGGAAGAAUUUCUUGCAAGAGAAACGAAAAUCGACGGCCCCACUGCGGCGGAUAAGUGGAAUGAUUUUAGAAGCAAUAUUGUAAAUACUCUUGAUGAGACUAUACUGAGUACCAAGGACGAAAUGCCUCCACCAGGGGAUCCAAAAUGGACCUCAUUUGGAGGCAAAAUGAAGGAUCUUUUCACGGACUUUAGAAAUCAAGUAGCUGCAAAGAGGCCAAUUGAAGCAACAAUUCCAAGCUGGACGUCUCCUAGUGAUUUCGUGCAGUUCAGGAUCGGUAUUGUUAAAAAUAUGAAUGAUGCCGUGGGAAAGAUGAAGGAUAAUAUGCCACCUCCUGGCAGUCCAGAAUGGGUUUCUUACCGAAAUGCGGUGGUCUCAGCAUUUGCUAUGACUAAGUACCAAAUUCCGGUCACAAACAUGGGCAAAGUCUUGAAAUCAUCAGCUGCUGUCGAUGACUUUGAUUGGGUUUCUAUAAAAAAUGAGAUAAAUAAGACUGUAAGCGAUGCAAUCGCCGAAUGUGAAUCCGGAACGUCGUCGCUUGAUGGCUUAAAAUGGCUGGAAAUUAAGGAUCAUUUGAACAAGUCAUUUAAUGCCCUACACAAUGAUAUUGCCUCUCUUAAACCAAAACCAUAUUUGAAAGAAUCUCCGAAAUUGACUGUGUCAGAUUGGACUGAUUUUAAAAGUCAGAUCAAUCAAUUGCUGAAGAAUGUGACUGAUUACGUCGAAGUCCACAAACCUCUUAAGGAAGCUACGGUCGAAGAUUGGGUUGCUCUGAAAAACGACUUAAAGAAUCAAUUUGCGACCAUUAAAUAUAAAAUUAUUGACAUUAAACUGAAAAAUCUAACGGCUUCGCUGAAAACUGGAGACGAGUCAGAAUGUGCAAAUGAGUUUUAUGCCGAUCAAUCUCUGCCGACAUCUGAAGAGAUUUUGAAACUUAAAAAAGUUACGCAAAAAGACUUCGACAUCGUCCAAAAGAAUAUACUCAAGAUUCCAUUAGUGGAAACGACGCCUGGGCUGAACAAAACUGACUGGAUUGCGUUUAAAAUACAAAUAAAAAAUAGCAUAAGAGAUUUAAUUAAGUCCUACAAUUACAGUGAUCCAACGUCUUGGUACGAAAUUCAAGAUUUCUAUAAAAAGUCCUUUGCUGAAAUUAAAAAUGAAAUUGACGCGAUGAAAAAUUCAACUAAAAGUGAUGACGUCGAGGCAAACGGUUCGACUAAUACCGUGUAUGCAAAUUAUAAAAGUAAUCUUCAGUCCGUGUUUAAAAAUUCGGCUGACCCGUCCGGCUGGAUAAAACUCAAAAGUAGUGCACCUGCGAUUCCAGAAAGUGAUUGGAUUUCUAUUAAGGGCAAAUUGAAUAACAGCAUUUAUGAUUUUUUCAAUUCCGUUAACCGCAGUGACCCAACAGCCUGGGUAAAGAUUAAAAAUUACUUUAACACAUCCUUUGCUGAUAUCAUAAAUCAAAUUAAUACCUUGAAGAAUUCCACUAAGAGCGACAAUACUGCAACUAUUGACUUAGGUUUAACUGAUGUUCCAUUUUUAUCCUCUUCUGCAAAAGCAGGAAGCACAUUCGACUGGACGAAAUUCAAAAAGGAUUCUAAAUCGAUACCCGUGAUACCAGGGGCUGAUUGGAUUGCUUUCAGAGAUAAACUUAACAGUAGCGUUAAUAGUUUCAUAAAUUCUGUUAAUCGCAGUGAUCCAACUACCUGGAUACAAAUUAAAGAUUACUUUAAUACAUCCUUUGCUGACGUCAUAAGUCAGAUUGAUGCCUUAAAGAAUGCCUCUAAAAGUGACAAAACAUCAGCUGAUGACUCGGUAGAUCCAAUUAAUUCUUUAUUAUUAUCCUCUUCUGCAAAAGCUGGCGGCACGUUCGACUGGACGAAAUUCAAAAAGAAUCCAAAAUUGACACCUGUGAAUCCGGCAGUUGAUUGGAUUGCUUUCAGAGACAAACUAAACGAUAGCAUAAAUAAUUUUGUUAAUUCUGUUAAUCGCAGUGAUCCAACUGCCUGGAUACAAAUUAAAAAUUACUUUCAAACAUCCUUUGGCGACAUCAUAAGUCAGAUUAAUGCCUUAAGAAAUUCUACUAAAAGUGACAAUACUGCAACUAAUGACUCGAUAGGUUCAACUGAUUCUCUACGUUUAUUCUCUACUACAAAAUUCACAAAAGGUCCUAAGUCAACACCUGUAACACCAGGAACUGAUUGGAUUGCUUUCAGAGAUAAAUUAAACGGUAGUAUAAAUAAUUUUGUUAAUUCCGUUAAUCGCAGCGACCCAGCUGCAUGGACGCAAAUUCGAGACUUUUUUAAAACAUCAUUCGCUGAUGUCAUUAAUCAAAUUAACGACAUUAAAAAUUGCACGAAAAACGGCGUUGCUACAAACAAUUUAAGUAAUUAUGCCGAAACUACGAGCAAUUUGAAAUAUUCACCUCCUUUUACGGAAUCGGUAAGUACUUUCAACUGGCAAGAGUAUCAGGCUAAAAUUAACGAAACGAUAUAUGAUAUGUUGAAAAAUUUAAGCAACAUUGAGGAAUCUCAAAAAAUGGAAACGGAGGCUCUUCAACAAAUCCUAGUCGAUACGCACAAGAAAUUUGCCGAUCUUAAUAUUGAUUCGUUGCAAAAUACAAUUCCUGAUCCUCCUAGCAAUUGGGUCACUUAUGUAAAUGGAAUUAACAAAACUGUAAAUGAUGCAAUACACCAAAUUAAGGCUAUAAAACUAACAGCAACCGACACCGCCUUGGAUGAAUAUAAACAAUACGUGGAUGGGUAUUUCAACGAGACACGUGAUAUUAUAAAAAAUAAGGAAAAUGAGAUUUCAACGUCAUCAGCAUGGACUUUAAGGCCGUUACUUUUUUCACACUUUUAUAGUAUUUGCGGCACAAUCUUCUUUACUUUCAUAAUUUGUACGCAAUAACGGUAAUUAUAAAAUAACGGGAAUACAAAGGUUGCAUUACUUAGGAAAGUACUUAUUAUGUAUACGGAUAUCUGGUAAGGAGGGAAAGUGAAUUUAAAAUAGAGUUUAUAAUGUAUAGUAGGCUUUCUAAACAAUGUAACACGUCGACAUAGGUAUUUUAUAUGAACAUCCAUUUACAAUCUACAUGGCGAAUUUUAUUCAAUAAGUCUCAGAAGAGAUUUGGGAGAAAUAAAUUGGAUCUCAAUGUU